CGCCCGUGGAAAUCUGCUCCACUCUCUGUCACCUUGCGCAGCCAUCGGCGCCAGUGCGCGGUGCUGCUCUGCAGACGCCGACCUGCCAGCGUCUCCCACCCGCUCGGGGCUGGCUGCAGGGCGGCUGAGCCACGGCUCCUCCGCACGGCCACAGGAGGGGGCUUUGCACUACGUCUCUCCACCCGCGAGGCGCUGCCGGGAUUUCUAUCUGCAUAUCUCCAAGUGCCUGACAGAUUAACAAAUUAAGUCUCACAACACAACAACCCUGUUAGAAAGAAAUACAAGGUAAUAUUGACAAAGUGAGUGAAGGUGCGGAAAAAAUAAACCAGCAAAUCUCUCCAGAGGAUUGGAAGAAUAUAAGGCUAACUACUCUGAACAGUACAAGUUCCCCUUCGUGGAGAGAAUAACAUUCCUCAAUUCAGGUCACUAGAAAAACAAAGUUAAAAAGAAAUAGUUGCUGCAUUUGCCAUGGAAAGAAACAGUUGCUCUAUUUACUAUGGAAUCUCUAGAGCGUAUGCUAAUGGAAACCUGUGCAGAACUAAUAACCCCUUCUAAAAAUACAGGGAUUGAUGGGAAGAAGAUGGAAAAAAGCUUCAUACCGAGCUUCAUACCGAGUGGGAGCUUCAUACCGAGAAGGAAGCUGUGCUACGCAGAUUAGGCUAAAAGGAUCCCCCAAAAGAGGCUGGUACAAGUGUGUGGCCUGGAUAGCUGCUGGGGAAGAAAAGAAGGAAUGGGGAAAGAAGAAAACCAAAGAAGGAUCUGGUGAUGGGGGUUGCACAGAGCUGAAUCCCUGGCCUGAAUAUAUCAAUGAGCGUCUAGAGAGGUAUCAUAAACUUAAAGCAGAACAUGAUGCGCUUCUAGCAGAAAGAGCUGCAAAAGACAGCAAACCCAUUAAAGUGACAUUACCUGAUGGCAAGCAAGUUGAUGCUGAAUCCUGGAAGACCACUCCUUAUCAAGUUGCUUGUGGAAUUAGUCAAGGUUUGGCUGACAACACUGUUAUUGCUAAAGUGAACAAAGUGGUUUGGGAUCUAGAUCGUCCCUUGGAGGAAGACUGUACCCUGGAACUGCUCAAGUUUGACGAUGAAGAUGCUCAAGCAGUAUACUGGCACUCAAGUGCUCACAUAAUGGGUGAAGCUAUGGAGCGAAUCUAUGGUGGAUGUUUGUGCUACGGCCCACCAAUAGAAAAUGGAUUUUAUUAUGACAUGUACCUCGAGGAUGGAGGUGUGUCCAGUAAUGAUUUCUCUGCUCUGGAGACCUUAUGCAAGAAGAUCAUGAAGGAAAAACAACCAUUUGAAAGACUGGAAAUUAAGAAGGAAACUCUACUUGAAAUGUUUAAGUAUAAUAAGUUCAAGUGUCGGAUCUUGAAUGAAAAAGUCAACACUCCAACUACUACAGUGUACAGGUGUGGUCCCUUGAUAGAUCUGUGCAGGGGCCCUCAUGUCAGACAUACCGGCAAAAUAAAGGCAUUAAAAAUCCAUAAAAAUUCCUCAACAUACUGGGAAGGCAAGUCUGAUAUGGAAACCCUCCAAAGGCUUUAUGGAAUUUCAUUCCCAGAUGUAAAAAUGUUAAAGGAAUGGGAGAAGUUCCAGGAGGAGGCUAAAAAUCGAGAUCACAGAAAGAUUGGACGGGACCAAGAACUAUAUUUCUUCCAUGAGCUCAGUCCUGGCAGUUGUUUUUUCUUGCCAAAGGGAGCUUACAUCUAUAACACGUUAAUUGAAUUCAUCAGGCGCGAGUAUCGGAAACGAGGAUUCCAGGAGGUUGUCACUCCAAACAUGUACAACAACAAACUCUGGAUUACAUCAGGGCACUGGCAGCAUUACAGUGAAAACAUGUUUUCAUUUGAGGUGGAGAAGGAAAUCUUUGCUCUGAAGCCCAUGAACUGCCCAGGACACUGCCUUAUGUUCAACCAUCGACCAAGAUCGUGGCGUGAGUUGCCGCUGCGUAUGGCAGAUUUUGGAGUUCUCCAUCGUAAUGAACUGUCAGGAGCCCUUACAGGACUUACUAGAGUACGGCGGUUCCAGCAGGAUGAUGCUCACAUAUUCUGUGCCAUGGAGCAGAUUGAAGGGGAGAUAAAGAGCUGCCUGGAGUUCUUGCAAGCAGUGUAUGGUGUGUUUGGAUUUUCCUUCAAACUGGACCUCUCCACUCGUCCUGAAAAGUUCCUUGGAGAUAUUGAAGUGUGGAAUCAAGCUGAAAAGCAACUUGAAAACAGCCUCAAUGAAUUUGGUGAGAAGUGGGAAUUGAACUCUGGGGAUGGUGCUUUCUAUGGACCUAAGAUUGACAUUAAGAUUAAAGAUGCCAUUGGCCGAUACCACCAGUGUGCUACAAUCCAGCUAGAUUUCCAGCUCCCAGUCAGAUUUAACCUUACCUUUGUGAGCCAUGAUGGUGAUGACAAGAAAAGGCCAGUUAUUAUUCACCGGGCCAUCUUAGGAUCUGUGGAAAGAAUGAUUGCUAUCCUAACCGAAAAUUAUGCAGGCAAAUGGCCUCUCUGGCUGUCUCCUCAGCAAGUGAUGGUGGUGCCGGUGGGACCAACAUGUGACAAAUAUGCACAAAAGGUCAGACAGCAGUUCCAUGAUGCUGGAUUAAUGUCUGAUGUAGAUGUGGAUCCUGGGUGUACGCUGAACAAGAAGAUCAGAAAUGCUCAGCUUGCACAGUAUAAUUUUAUCCUAGUUGUUGGUGAAAAGGAGAAGGCGAGUGGAACAGUUAAUAUCCGUACUCGAGAUAACAAGGUGCACGGUGAACGAACUGUUGCUGAUACUGUGGAGAGGCUGCUACAGUUGAAACGCCGUCAAUGCAAACAUGCUGAAGAAGAAUUCUAACAGAUUGUAUUUCCCUACCUGGUUUAGUGUAAAAAGGAUAAGUUUUAUAAAGCAGUUAAAUCAUAUUGUAACAUCUUAUAUGCACUAGGUUGCAUUUGAAAUAGAUCGUCAAAUGAGCCAACAAAAAUCAACCGUGAAACACCUUUCUAUAUUAUUCAGACAUUACAUGUGUCUAUGGAAAGACCAUUUUACACAAAUGAUGCAGCAAAGCUUCUUGGUAUCUGAUCACAAAAAAUGAAACCAGGUGACUAAGGCUUAAUAUGAAUUGAGGGGAAAUGGAAUUGUUAAUGAAGGAUUAAAAUAUUGUAGUAGUCGUUUAAUAUUGUUGUAAGUAGACGACUAAGAAAAAUAAAAUUUUGGUAACGGUCUUUCAUCA